UUGCAGAACCUGCUUAAUCUCCACCUCCAGCCUUUUCUGCUAAGAAGUUUGUAAACUAUCUUAAACACUAUUUUUAUGAUAUUGCUAAUAAGUUCGGUCGCUUUUGAUCUGUGCGGUUAACAAGAAAUCCAUGUGUUCAUAACGGUGGUUGCACCCCAAAUGUUUUAAUUAGUACAUUUAUGAUUUAAACAGAGCAGGUCUCAAGACAAAUACCAUGGCGAAAAGAGAAGGAACUGAUCUUAAAGCAAAGGUGGACCGGCUGGUCGAGAAGUUCCUAGGUUUCAGCGAACCGGUGUUGGCCGCAACGGCCUUAACUUGCCUCUCUUCUGGCUACGACAAGAAAAAAACAACAGAGAAAUUGGGCUCCCUAUUGGAUAAUAACAAAGCAGAACGCCUUGCGGAUAAGGUUCUCUCUCUCGGCGACUUUGUCAAAGAAACACAGAAGAAAGAAUCUCGGAAGCGCCACUAUGAUGAAAGUGAUGGCGUUGACGCAAAGAAAUCCAAAGGAGAUGAUAAAAAAGAUCUUCUUUCUAACAAUGAUAUUAAAAGUAUGAUGGUAAACGCCCAGAAAUUGAUUGAAGAAAGAAAGAGGGCUUUGAGUGCUAUUAAAGGUACUUCAGUUCCAAAAACGCCAACAAUUCCUUCAGCUUUGGUUCAGACAGGUCCAGCAAUGCAAAGAGACGAGAAAUCAAGAAAAAUUGCAUUGCUUCAGGCUCAAAUAAAAAAUAAGCUGAACAGUGGUGUUCUUGGUUUCGACUUGACCCAAAUGCAAAAUGACAAGCCAACACCAUUAAUUUUAGACAGCGAGGGAAGAACAAUAGAUAGCACAGGAAGGGAGGUUCAGCUCACUCAUGUUGUACCUACACUGAAGGCCAAUAUUAGAGCCAAAAAACGAGAGGAGUUCAAAGCCCAGCUUCAGGAAAAGCCCGUCGAAGACACAGGCGAGGCAAAAUAUUUUGAUCCAAGGCUGACAAACAAACCAAUGGUCAGAAACAAAAAGGCGUUGCGAUUUCAUGAACCUGGCAAAUUUCAACAGAUGGCCGAUAGAAUGAGAAUGAAGGCUCAGCUGCAAAAGCUUCAAGGUGAGAUUUCACAAAUUGCCAAGAAAACGGGCAUUACAUCUGCAACAAAAUUAGCACAAAUUGCCCCCAAGGUACAUUUCGGACCUGAGAAGAUCCCUCGUAUUGAGUGGUGGGACUCAGUCAUCCUUACAAAUUAUGGUGAUGACAACGAGGAACCUCGUAUUAAAGAAGAAACAAUAACCCAUCUUAUCGAGCACCCCAUUCAGAUGAAAGCACCAACUCUAAUUAUGAAAGCCGUUUACAUGCCAGUAUUCCUUACAAAAAAAGAGCGGAAGAAAUUACGAAGGCAAAAUAGGAGGGAGGCAUGGAAAGAAGAGCAAGAGAAGAUCAGAUUAGGACUGGAACCACCGCCAGAACCCAAACUGCGGAUAUCUAAUUUGAUGAGAGCUUUGGGAACUGAAGCAGUUCAGGAUCCGACAAAAAUGGAAGCUCAUGUUAAAGCUCAGAUGGCAAAGCGAAUCAAAGCGCAUGAGGAUGCGAAUGCCGCUCGUAAAUUGACUGCCUCGCAGAGAAGAGACAAACGAAGAAGGAAACUUAUGGAGGACACCACAUAUGGAGUGCAUGUUUCUGUCUAUAGGGUUAAGGAUUUGACGAAUAUGUCUAAGAAAUUCAAAGUUGAAGUUAACUGCAAACAACUCCUUAUGACCGGGGCAGUGAUUAUGUAUAAAGAUUGCAAUAUUGUCAUCGUUGAAGGAGGACCAAAACAAACUGCUACCUACCAAAGGCUUAUGCUCAACAGAAUUAAAUGGGAAGAAGACAUUGUCAAAGAUGCUGAUGGUAAUGAGUCGCCAAACAAAUGUGUUCUUGUAUGGGAGGGUAUGAAACAGCAACGAAAUUUCGGUGAGAUGAAAUUCAAAAUUUGUGCCACGGAAAAACUCGCUAGGGAACAACUGAGGAAGCACAGUGUUGAACAUUAUUGGGAUUUGGCUUAUAGCGGGACUGUUAUGGAAACUGAGGAUAAAUAAUUGUCAAUAACAAUAGAUUAAUCUGGUAUUUUUAUUUUUGCUAGAGAAUAAGAAUGUCUUUGUAAAUAUUUAAAUACAGUUAUUGUACGAUUUGUGAA